UCUGCAACAUAUUACCUCAGGACGACACGUCUCACGCGUGCGCGCGGGCACAUGAUGACCGUCUACGCGUCGCACUUGGACCGGCCAGCAACACGCUUCCAUGCCGGCUCUCCACAAAUUGCAUCCCAAGUGGGCCUGCUGGCUGAUAUGUUUUGGUUGUGAGUGGUUGGGGGCAGAGGUCGGCGGACGAACGUUCGGUCUCGGCGUCCUACGUGCAUGUGGCCCCCCCGACUCCACCGCGCGAAACGUCAACUUCGGGGAAUGGUCAUGUGGGCUGGGCACCCAGCAUAUCCACUGCUGCACACUUUUUUUUCUUUCUCUUCCGUGUGUUGACCGGUGUGGGCUAUACAGUUUGUCAUACCGAGGGCCUUGGUGUCCGCGGCCGCCCUAUGUAUUCACAGAAUUCACCUUUUUUCUUCUUUUCAAAUACCAAUCCUAAAUUUGCACUCAGUCUCUGCAAUGGCCUGGCAACACAGCUUAUCGUGGCUUCAAGCUUGGCCAACCAUGGAUCAUGGCACAUCGGCUCAGACAUGAUGACGCCUGUGCGCAGCACACAUUACGAAACACACACGGCACGGCUUUGCGGAACGGAGGCACCGGGGCCUUUUUGGAACAGACUUUCAGCACCUUUUUCUUCUUCUU